AUGGCCGGGUGGGAGCAAUCGUCCCGCGAAAACCGAAGGAAACCCUCACGAGAAGAUUACGACAAGUUAUGGAAUGAAUCACGCCUAUCCAUCCCUCCCAUGAUCCGGAUCCCCGGCGCUGCCAUGGCGGCGUUCGGCAUCGGAUUUUCCCUGGGUCUUGCCCAUGGAAGCCAGAUGGCCGGCCUGCGCUUCCGGGCCGAGCAUGCACACAAACUCCCAACGACGACACCGGGAUGGUACCUAUAUCACAAGAGCAAGAACUACCACCUCGCUUUCGGCGGCCUGAAAGAAGGGUUGAGGACUGGGAUCAGGCUCAGCCUCAUGACCACCGCCAUGUUCUGCACCGAGAACCUGUUUGAUGUCUACAGGGGCAGUAGGGAUAUGUUCAAUACGGUCGCUGCCAGUCUUGCCGUUGCCGGCGGAUUCAGUAUACUAAACCGAUUCACGGCCCCCGAGGCGGCCAGAACUGCACGGAAGGGCCUGAUCGUUGGGUUUGCGUAUGGUGGUGUCCAGGACCUGCUCUCCUUGGCUAGGGGCCGUCCCGUGGGAUACGUGGAAUUCAUACGCAAGCAUCUUGGAGGUAGCAACAAUGCAGAAGGAGAACGUGCCGUGUGA